GAUUGAUCGCGACGACGAUGAUCAUGCUCGCUCUGCACGGCUUCCUCAUUAUCACGACCUGUCACAUUAUCGCUGUGACGCCGGCACCGACUAAAGUUUACGAUCAGAGGCAGACCGGCGACCUGAAUGUGCAGAUUGAGCUGAAGGACCUGCGCGUCGUCGCUCUGAUCAACUCCGAGCUCCUGGACGAUUACACGGAUUAUGAUUACUUUUAUGAUUAUGCCGACUUCACCGUCAAGCCGGGUAGUAGACCUACUACAAGUCCCACGACGAAGAUCACCGAGAAAAAUGAUAUUGCAGAAACGACUGAGCCUGUUUCAUUGCAAAACUCGACCAUAUCGAAUCCACCUCCCAAUAAUAUAAAUUCGACCGAGCAGAAUACGACGUUAUCGAAUAAUGAAGAAAUGCCGAGCGUUGAUCAAUCGAACGGUACCACGAUCUCGAUAUCGAAUGCAGAUGAUAAGAGUCAAGAGAGCCAAGAGAGCCAAGAGAGCCAGUCGAGCGAGGAAGAUAGUGGAACUGAGGCAGUUACCUCUUCAAUUACGAUGAAGCCUUUGCGAAUCCUGCGCUCGCAAAAGCGCUGUAAAUCUGGAUACAUUCCGAAUGGCGAUGGACGCUGUCGACGAGCGAGUCGGCCGUGGUUGUCACUGCUGCAAAGGCAAUAACUCAAGUGCGAUUGAUUGCUCUUAACCACGGUCAACCACGUUCAGGCUCAGAGUAGAACUAGGAUUCACACCGGAUUGCAGAAAUCACUAAGCUAAUUGUAAGUCGCAUAAGUUUGGAAGCAACCCAUACAGCACCGAUUAAUACAGAAAGCUUUCAGGAAGGUUUUAAAAUCAUUUCAAGAUUUCACAUUUCA